AUGACUCAAAUCCCAACAGACGGAACUGGUGUCGUGCUUUCCGACCCUUGGCUCGAGCCAUUCUCUGCCUCGAUCCGAAAACGAUACGCUGCCUUCAAAAAACAGCGAGACAAUAUUGACCAACAUGAAGGUGGUCUCGCUCACUUCUCCGAAGGCUACAAGACGAUGGGUCUUCAAGUCGACGAGACUGGCGGUGUGAGGUACAAAGAAUGGGCUCCCAACGCAACUCAAGCUCGUCUGAUUGGAGAAUUCAACAACUGGUCUCACACCGCCAAUCCAAUGACGAAAUCCGCUUUCGGAGUUUGGGAAUGCUACGUCCCUCCCAAGUCCUCCGGCGUAUGUGCAAUCCCCCACGACUCGAUGAUCAAAAUAUCCAUGACCCUUCCUUCCGGCGAAUCAAUCGAUCGCAUCCCGGUCUGGAUAUCCCGUGUAACCCAAGACCUCAACAUUUCUCCCCUCUACGAUGGUCGAUUCUGGAAUCCGCCCAAAGAGCAAAUAUACAACUUCAAGCACGGACAUUCCACGCGACCAUCAGAAGGUCUGAAGAUCUACGAAGCUCACGUCGGUAUCUCAAGCCCGAACAUGCGCGUCACCACGUACCAAGAGUUCGAAACCGAUGUCCUGCCGAGAAUCAAGAAGCUUGGUUAUAAUUGUAUCCAAAUGAUGGCUAUAAUGGAGCAUGCGUACUAUGCCUCUUUCGGAUACCAAGUCUCAAACUUCUUCGCUGCGUCGUCUCGUUACGGCACUCCCGAGGAAUUAAAAUCGCUCAUCGACAAAGCACACGAAAUGGGACUGACCGUACUCCUUGAUGUCGUACACUCGCACGCGAGCAAGAACAUUGUUGAUGGAAUCAACGAAUUUGACGGCUCUGACCACCUCUACUUCCACGGAGGUGUAAAAGGCAAGCACGAGCUGUGGGAUUCUCGAUUAUUCAACUAUGGCCAUCACGAAGUACUGCGAUUCCUCCUCUCCAAUCUCAGGUAUUGGAUGGAUGUGUACAUGUUUGACGGCUUCCGAUUCGACGGUGUCACCAGCAUGAUGUACACACACCACGGUAUCGGCACGGGAUUUUCUGGCGGGUACCAUGAAUACUUUGGCGAGUCAGUCGACACCGAGGCGAUGGUAUACCUCAUGCUUGCGAACCAAAUGCUGCACGACGUGUACCCUCAUGCCAUCACCAUCGCGGAAGACGUUUCCGGAAUGCCAACACUCGGUCGACCAGUGUACGAAGGAGGUGUGGGCUUUGAUUACCGAUUGUCCAUGGCCGUGCCCGACAUGUGGAUAAAAAUGCUCAAAGACUCCACUGACGCUGAGUGGGAGAUGGGAAAUGUCGUCCACACCCUCACCAACCGUAGACACCUCGAAAAAAGCGUCGCCUACGCUGAAAGUCACGAUCAAGCACUUGUCGGAGACAAAACCUUGGCGUUUUGGCUCAUGGACAAAGAAAUGUAUACAAACAUGUCCGACCUCUCGCCCAUGAACGCAAUCGUCGAUCGAGGUCUUGCUCUUCAUAAAAUGAUCAGGUUCAUCGUCCACACUCUCGGCGGAGAAGCGUAUCUCAAUUUCGAAGGCAACGAGUUUGGACAUCCAGAAUGGAUGGACUUUCCCCGUGAAGGUAAUGGCAACUCCUUUGCCCACGCCCGACGUCAGUUCAACCUCGUCGACGACCCCCUUUUACGAUACCGACAUUUGAACGAAUUCGACGUGGCGAUGAAUUGGUUGGAAGACAAAUACAAGUGGUUGAGCGCUCCUCCGGCAUACGUGUCAUUAAAACACGAAGGUGACAAGGUCAUCGUGUACGAGCGAGCGGGUCUAUUGUUCAUCUUCAACUUCAACUCGACGCAAUCGUUUGUCGACUAUCGUGUCGGCGUCGACGUGCCCGGCGAAUACAAGGUCAUCUUAUCCAGCGACGAAAAGAAGUUUGGAGGACACGAACGCAUUGAUCUUAACGGGAGGUAUUUCACCACCCCAAUGGAAUGGAACGGACGUAACAAUUGGCUCCAGGUGUACAGUCCCGCGAGGACCGUCCUAGUGCUCGGUUUGUAG